AUGUCAGACUGCCGCGGUCGGGAUUCAGAGUGUGCUCCCGGCGGCCGUGGGGAAGUUGAAGCAGUCAGCUGGAACGACUACGGGGAGUCUCACUACAUUGGGCCCCUCGACGAUUCUCAGCACGAAGCCUUCACUGUUGGAGACGCCCCUUACAACUACGUCAAGGACAUGCCUCACGACGGCUGGAGAAAGCACCUCCCGUUCCUCAUUGAUCUCUUUAAGACCGGCACGUCCUCUGUCACAAAGGAGAGCAUGGUGACUUGGUUCCGCACAUUCCUCAACGAUGUCUGCGCUGACGGCUCCACUACCGCCAACACGGCCAGCCAUCUGCAGUUCGAGUAUUUGCCGGGCCAAGUGACGCCGGACCGCAUUUACUUCUCGGUUCUCUUGGCCAGACCGGCCGAGCUCAAGGUCUCCUUCGGAGGCACCGACUAUUCCAUCAGCGACUGGGACUACAUGCCCGACGGCGGUGUCGGAAUCUACCACACAAGCAUCCCGGUCCUUGGUGCUGGCGGCGCCUGGCACGCACAAGUCGUGAGAGGGAGCAGCGUGGUCAUCGACUACUCGGUGCCCCAAGGUAUCUCCGGAAGCUGUACAUCCGGUGUCGUCAACUGGAACCCGUGGGUAGGAUCGGCUUCCGCGAGCGGCUCCGUCUCUGGCAAACCCCCAAGAGACCUGUCCGAGCAGACUUGCAUCCAGGGCUGGGGCGAGGGCACCUUCACGAACGACAUCUGCAAGUUCACCUGCAAGUACGGCUACUGCCCGUCCAGCGCCUGUGUCUGCGCCAACAUGGGCGAAGCCAUCAAGCAGCCCAAGUCGACAGGCGUCCUCGGCUACCCUGCCAACGGCGAUGCCAACUACGGCGGGUUGUGCAACUUUGCGUGCAACCUGAGAUACUGCCCUUCCACUGCGUGUUCUACGGCGAAGCAGACCCCGUACGUGCCCAAGACCUCGUCUUUCAACUCAAACACCACCAAAGCCAAAGCUAACCCCGUCAGACAUAGAUAUCAAGUUUCCUGCUUAAUAACUUACGAGAAUAGACGAUACAGCACAGUUACAACAGCGACGUACAUCAGUCUUGGGGUAAACCUGUUGCCAGGCUUCAGAGUUACAAUCAAGUAA